AAAUUUGUACUUUUCCGUUGUUGAUUUAACAUUUUAUACACAGCAAAAAUGUUUAAGCUUACAAAUACAGGCAGAAUUUCUUUUCAAAUUGGCUUCAAAAAUAGAUGUAAAAUUGUAAUUCCGAAAAUGUUUGAUGUAAAUAAUCACCUGUCUCCAGUUUUGCUAAUUGUACAGGAAUGUUAUUCAAAUAAAACUGGACACAAUGACAAUCAUAUUAUUAGUGAUGAUUUCUGCAAAAAAGGCAUGUCACAAGCAUUUUGUGAUAGCUUCGAUAUGUAUGGCAAAUACAACCCAUCAGCUUUGUCUCUGCAAAAAUUAUCUGAAUUUGGCUCGAAGACUGGUACAGAAGAGUCAUCAUUUGAGUUUCUACGAGAUGAGCUGCUGGUGCGUCUAGCCAAUAUCAUGAAGGAGUUUAACCUGUUACCAGUCAGCUUCCAGCAGCGAGGCUCUGUCGCCAUGGUGCGCAACUGGUAUCAACAGAGUUUCAUAGAAAUAACAGAGUUUGAGAAACACAAUCCUGACAGAGAUAUUCUAGAAAAAUUUACAGAAACACUGAAUAAAAUUCGGUUGCGACAUUCUAAAGUUGUUGAAACUAUGGCUAAGGGUGUUAUGGAGAUGAGAGAUGCGUUUGAAGGGGAAUCAAGAAACUAUGAUCAGCAGAUCACAUACUUCCUUGAUCGAUUCUACACCAACAGAAUUGGAAUCCGUGUUCUGCUUAAUCAACAUUUGUUGUUAUAUGGUGGGGAGCUAGCGCAUCACCCCCAACAUAUAGGCUGCAUCAAUCCCAGCUGCGACGUGGAAGAAGUCAUCCGAGAUGCCUAUGACAACGCGAGGUUUCUCUGUGAGCAUUAUUACAUGUGUUCACCUGAUCUCAUCAUAGAAUCUUAUAAUCCCUAUGAGAAAGCAGACAGUAUACGAAUAGAGUACGUUCCAUCUCAUCUGUACCACAUGCUGUUUGAGCUGUCUAAGAACGCCAUGAGGGCAGUGGUAGAGCGACAUGAAAAUAAGCCGGAAAUUCCGCCCAUUAAGAUAGCAGUGUGUAAGGGCAAGGAAGAUCUUGCCAUUAAGAUAUCUGACCAGGGAGGUGGUAUAUCAUAUGGGAAGGUGGAACAACUGUUUGGGUACAUGUUUACGACAGCCCCACAGCCCCAGCCCUCCCACAUGAUGGAGGGCUCAGCCCCCCUUGCCGGCUAUGGGUAUGGACUCCCCCUAUCCCGCUUGUAUGCCCGAUACUUUCAGGGCGACCUGGUACUUUACUCUAUGGAGGGCUAUGGAAUGGACGCCAUCAUCUACUUGAAGGUGAAAGAUGCCAUGGAGUGUUUGCCAAUUUACAACAAGACAGCAUCAAAAAUGUAUGAAACAGAUACGUCAGCCCCUGACUGGAGUUCCCCAUCUCCAUGGACACAGGCACGGGGGUACAGUACGAUAGGAGGCGGGAAUGUUUCACGGGGCUACAGCACAUUAACGGACGGGCAGGGAGCUCGGCGGACUGUUUGUACAUGGACACGGCAGCCUAGGCUGUUGGACUGUCAUUGAAAUGGGAUACAUGUAGAAGAGUGUUAGCCCUUGUGUUGAAUGUGAUACGCUAUUUUAAGAUAAAGAUAUCAAUGUUUUAAGUGAGUGACAUUCGAUAAGUAUAAUUUUCUCAUUGGUUUUUCUAUCUUGAACAUACUUGUAGAAGUCGAAACAUAGUUAUAGUUAUCACAGUUAUUCUGUAAAAUGUUUUUUACCUCUGCCAUUACAUAAUAUAAAAGAUGAAAAUGUGUGAAAGGAAUGCUUCAUCUAUGAGCAAGAUGCCUGUAUAAAUCUGGAAUGAAAUCCAAUAUAACUAAAGAAUAACUUCAGUCAGAUUUUGCUUAAGAAGGAAUUAUGAUUCAAUACUAAGAUCAAUGACUAAGGUGUAUUAGAGGUGUUCUCUUGUCAAUUUCAUUUUGUCUCAAAAGUAUACAUCAUUAAUCAUAAUGGUAUGUUUUUGAAGCACUGUGACUUGUUAUUGCAUUUCAUGGCAUUUGAAUGUUUUCCUUUGUGAUAAAAGUUCCUGAAACAUUAUAAAUUGUAUGCAUUUUGUACACAGUACAUUUCUGGUAUACUUUCAUGUGGCAAUAGCAGCAUAUAUGUUAGUUAAAUCUCUUGCAUUAUAACAUGUGUGUUCUCAUUUCAAUAUUCAUGGUAGGGCAGUUUGUUUAAAACAAGUCCCAUGUUUUUAUUGUAUUGCUUCAUACUGAUUAUAUAAUUUACAAUUUGCUCAUUAGCCGUGUACAUAUUUCAUUUGUGUAUUACGCAUUUAUGUGUUUAGUUGUUAACCUAAUCGAUAUUAUAACUUCUCCUGAGUGUCUGCACAAUUAAAGGAGCCAUCUUUUCAUUGUACAUAGUGUACGAUCAUUUUAUCAAAUCAAUAUUUCCGAGAAGUUGUAACAUCUAUUUAUGAAAGCAUAUGUCUUUAUAAGUUUUUUAAAGUGGCUCUCAUAUUUGAAAUCAAUACGUACACAUGUACAAGAAGCAUCAAUUUUGACUGAUGAACCUUCAGCUACUUACUAAAUAAUACAUUUUAUGGAACAAAUUAAUUACUGAUUACAAGAUUGUAACUGUGUUUAUAAAAGCUGAAACGCACAAAUAUUAAAUGACUGGUGGGUCCUAAGAGAUUAACAGUGAUCAUCUAUUGUCUCAUAAAGUGUUUUCUGCACUGUAUCCUUCACAAGAACCAAUGUUUUCAAUAUUUAUUCAUCCUUUUCCAUAAAUUUAAAAAUCCUAUUAAUUGUGGUACAUCUUGUUUGGUUGUAAGAGUGCAUCUUAAAGGUCAAGUAUGUUUAAUUUACAGGCUGAAAAGCAAGCUUUUUUAUUAUUCAAUAUUAAAUUUUUUAGAGAGAUAAUUUUUUUAUUAAAUGAAGUAAAAUUCACAAAAUGGGUUCAAAAAUGGUAGUUCUUCUUCUGGCAGUUAUAUUCUGUUGUUUUCCAGUUAUUAAAUGUUGACCUAUCUUGUCAUGUUAUAUAAUAAGGUUGAAAAUCUUUCUUUUUUAAUGAAACUGUUUACGAACAAAGGCUACAACUAUGUAAGGAACCAGAUAAUCAAUGAACAAAUCCAUCUUCAAGGUACUUUUGUGCAAAGUCAAGAAAUCGUAAAAGUUUUUAAUUGUUAAGAUGGUGAUAAAAUGGUGUCAAUGUGCAGUCUCUACUAAUGACGUUAUAGCUAGUCACUUGCAGAGUUGUGUGAUAUAUGAUGAAUUAAAGUUGUUAUCUCUA